GUAUUUUGCUAAAGUAAAAACCCGUAAAUUUGAAUCACAUUCGUUUAAAUCAACAUUGCUGGCAAAGAUGUCAAUUCGAAUCUUUUUUUUAGAUAUGAAUUUCGACGGACUUACAUUAGCUAAUAGAGGACCUGUUGACAACAAUGAUGACUCUUCUGCGAUGAGGAUUGGUUUAAUUCCUCAAAAUUGUGGAUUACUUUAUUUUGAAGUUAUUAUAAUGAGCGGUGGAAGUAAUGGGUAA